AUUCCGAGAGUGUCUAAAACCUUGGCCUCAGGCCUUUCUCUUAACAUAAACUACCUAAAACCCCUUCUUCUCUUGUGCAGAGCGGCUCAACCAGAAGGCUGCGCCACCACCUCACGUUCGAUCGUCCACGAAGUGGCCAAGGAUACCAAUGGCUUACCGACGUUGCCUCUUGAUGAGAGCGAACAUCAUAGAUCGGAGGUGCCAUCCGUCUCUCAGUUAUGUUCUCCAUAGCGAUGAAGGGAAACGCGAGGGCCGUGAUGAAAAAUCAUCUUCAGCUGGCGGUAGUAAUUUUACCCAAAUAAGGUCCUUUGGAAGCUCUCUUAAUGGACCAAUGGGGUUCUUUGCUCCUUCUGGAGAUAGGUUUCCUUCUCCAAGCGCUGGAUACAAUUUUUGCCGAUAUAUGUCGACAGUUAAUCAGGGUUCAGAUAAGAUGGAGAAUGACAUAAUGACUGAUGUAGCUGAUGUUCUCACUGACGCAACCAUGGAGACUGUAGCUGCUCAGGCUCCUAUUGUUAAUGAAGUUGCAAUCGCUGCUGCUGAUUCUUUUUUGCCUGUGAAGGCCUUGCAGUAUAUGAUAGAUGCUGUGCAUUCCUACACCGGGUUAAAUUGGUGGGCAGCCAUAGUUCUAACAACCCUUUUGAUUCGAAGCGCUACAGUUCCACUCUUAAUAAAUCAACUUAAGGCCACUUAUAAACUUACGUUAAUGAGGCCUCACUUGGAAGAGAUAAAGCAACAGAUGGAAGGGAUGACUAUGGACCCCGUCGCCAUUGCUAAAGGUCAGCAGCAGAUGAAGAAGCUAUUUAAGGAAUAUGGUGUGCAUCCUUUCACGCCAUUGAUGGGACUCUUUAUUCAAGGUCCUAUUUUUGUUAGUUUUUUUCUUGCGAUAACCAAUAUGGCUGAAAAAGUGCCAUCAUUCAAGCAUGGCGGAGCUUUUUGGUUUAUUGAUCUUGCAACUCCAGAUGCCUUGUACAUUUUUCCAUUUUUGGCUGCAUUGUCAUUCUUAAUAACAGUGGAGUGUAAUUUGCAAGAAGGGAUGGAAGGAAAUCCUGUGGCUGGUACCAUGAAAAAUGUCUCUAGGGGACUUGCUGUUCUUACAGUUCCUUUCACCAUGGGAUUUCCAUCGGCAGUUUUCUGUUACUGGGUUACAUCAAAUUUGUUUUCACUUAUGUAUGGACUUGUACUUAAAGUUCCUGGUGUAAAGAAAACAUUGGGUAUUCCUGAAAUUCCUGUUGCAGCACCCACCAAUCCUCAAUCUCCCUUUUCUAUAUUUCCGGCUCUAAAACAAGCUACAACAACGACAAAUGGGCCAAGCUCAAUGCCAGAUGAACCAUCAAAGCAUUCAAAUAAAAAGAUAUCUUCUUCUGCUGUUAUUAGUCAAAGGCUUAGAAGUUUAGAGAAACAGGUGAAAGGAAGAAAGAAAAACAAGAAGUGAGGAAAAUUUACUAAUUCCUAAGUUAUGCUAUCUAAUCAUAUGGAGCAGUUGUGCUCAGAUUUUUGUUAUAUUUUAUUAUCCUGGGAUGAAGGGAAAAUUAGUUCAAACUUUGUUAUUGCUAGUUGUUGAGAUUCAAA